AUGGCCUACCAAGAUCAAAUUAACUUGGAUGUUAACCGGGCUAUUAUUUUGCGCUCAGCCACCACACGAUGGUAUAAAAUGGACUCCAACCCUCGUGGUAAAGCUGUCAUAUUUGUCCAGGAUAUAAAAUACACCACCGAACCUAUAGUGGUUGACCUGGGCAACGAGGGAUUAAGAUUCAAGCACAUUUUCAAUCAGCUUGGUUACGACACCCAGGUCCACAUGCGAAAAUCUUCCACAGAAAUAAUGAGCACACUAAAUGAGUAUGCUACUUCCGAGCACCCUGGUGACUCAUUCAUCGUGAUGUUCACUGGGCACGGAUUUAAUGGUAAUAUUUGUGGCAAUGACAAUUACGAACACGAUGUCUUACCCAUACAAAAUGUACUGGAUCUGUUUUCUGAGAAAAAUUGCUUGGCAUUACAGAGCAAGCCUAAAGUGUUCCUGUUCAAUUGUUGCCGAGAAAGUUAUGCAGCGUAUUGCAACGGAAUUGAAAUGUAUACGUACUUUGGGCGGGCCUUAAGUCAUACCCCAGCUCAAUUUGCCAGCUAUAAGAGCCUGGAUGAGAUCAUUAAAAAGACAACCGCGCGAUUGGAAAGUGAUUUGGCGGUCGUGAGGGAAAUGGAGCCCACGGAUGACAACCAACACAACCCGGAGUUUCAAACGUUUGGCGUCCAAAAGGAUUUGUAUUUUAACCCGGGUCUUUAAAUUUUAUGAUCUUAAAUUUGUCUUAAAUAUUAAUUUUAUUUAUAAACAACUAUUUGUAUCUUGAAUCUGAAUCUCAC